ACAGUGACACCGAAACCUAACCCUACAAUAUAUGGAAAAUAAUUAUUUAAAAACUUUAUCCAAACAUAAAAAUACAUAAUGUUGCAUUCAAAAAUAUUAUCUUUAUUAAUACCUGUAAGUAGAAGAUUCGUGAAAUUACCAAAUCGUAGCUCUGCUGUAAUCAAUUCAUCUUCAACAAAUUGGAGAGUCCUACAAAACUAUCAACCAAAAAGAGAAUACAAGAAAUUUGGUCACAAGGAGAAACCUGAACCGUUAAUAACUAAAAUAUUUUGCAUAUUUUGUGGAACUAUAUUCCUAUUCUCUCUAAUAGACUGGAGAUGGUGUAGAAUGCUAUAUUUAAGAGCCACUGGACAAUUAAAAGAAAAGGAGGACAGAGAAAAAGUUGUUGAUGAAGUUACUUGACAGUUUAUUCCUUUAUUAUGUUGUUUAUUAUAAAUUUUAUCUGUAUGAGAAUAAUUAGGUUUAUUUGGGGAUGCUA